AUGGCCUUUUUGACCCACCAGACCACCGUGAUCUCUCGAUAUCUGCAGUCGCUCGACCUUCCGGUAACGUUCAAGGGCUUGGACGUCCAGACCCUCAUCAGACAGCUCGGUUGGGCGCUCUUUUUAAAAAUCUUCGCAACAUAUGGGGCAUUCAAACUCCUCAACUUUGUUUACGAUGAAUUGACUUCACCCUUGCGGGACCUACCUGGUCCUCCAAGUAAGAGCUUCCUCUACGGAAACUUCAAGGAAAUUCGGGAGGGGGAAAUUGGCAGGAAACAAGAAGAAUGGGCCCAGAAGUAUGGGAAUACGAUUAUGCUUAGAGGGAUUUUUGGCGGACCACGCCUCUGCACCAUGGACCUCAAAGCCAUGAGCCAUAUCCUGACAAAUAAUUAUAUCUACCAGAAAUCGGAGAGGACUAUAUACAGUUUGAAACGCUUGAUGGGAGAAGGUGUCCUGGCGGUUGAAGGGGAUACACAUAAGCGCCAGCGCCGAAUUCUGAACCCUGCCUUCGGACCACAGCAAAUCAGGGAACUAACAGAAAUCUUCGUCGAGAAAUCCCUGGAACUACGUGACAGUUGGAACGAGGAGAUUGCCAAGCAAACUCUCGACGGAAGAGUCAAGGUCGACGCUCUCUCAUGGUUGAGUCGCGCGACUCUCGAUGUGAUUGGCCUCGCAGGCUUCAACUACAGAUUUGACGCCCUCUCCGACGGUCCGGGGAAGAACGAACUCAGCAACGCCUUUGCUUCGGUGUUCAAGGCUGGUAGCGGGGUCAAUAUCAUACCUCUCCUGAGGCGUAGAUUCAAAUGGCUGCGGUGGCUACCUGCAGAGAGCGACGCUGAAGUGAGGACAGCAACUGCAACCAUGAAGAGGAUCGGAAACCAGAUACUGGAAGACAGUAAAGCUGCACUCGCUGACGGCGGCCAUCUCAAAAAUGCAGGGAAUGAGAAGAACCUGUGGCAGUCACGCAACCUACUUUCUCUUCUGGUCCGUGCCAAUACCAUGCCCGACCUGUCGGAAAAUCAGAGGUUAAGUGAUGAAGAUGUCUUAGCCCAAAUGUCAACGUUCCUUGUGGCAGGCCAUGAGACUACCAGCACAGCGACAACAUGGGCACUGUUUGUUCUAUCUCAACAUCCCGCAAUCCAAUCUGCCCUCCGCUCCGAGCUCGCAACCAUCUCGACCGAUAAUCCCUCCAUGGACGAUUUGAGCAGCUUGCCCUACUUGGACGCUGUCGUGAGGGAAACCUUGAGGCUGUACCCACCCGUGCCUUCAACCGCCCGGGUUGCAAUGCAGGAUGAUGUGAUUCCACUUGCGACACCAUUCGUCGAUCGGAAAGGGGUUGAAAGAAACCAGGUGCAUAUUCGCAAGGGACAGGUGGUGUUAAUACCCAUCGUGACCAUCAACUGUGCCAAGCUGAUCUGGGGUGAGGAUGCAAUGGAAUUCAAACCAGAACGUUGGGCAAAUCUAUCGGAUACUGCGGGUGCCGUCCCAGGAGUAUGGGGAAACAUGAUGACGUUCCUCGGCGGACCCAGAGCGUGCAUCGGCUACCGAUUCUCCCUCGUCGAGAUGAAGGCUCUUCUGUUUACUCUGAUACGCGCCUUCGAAUUCGAGCUCGCGGUGCCCGCAAAAGAUAUCAUCAAGAGAGCUGGUAUGGUUCAGCGUCCUGUCUUGAUGACCGACCCUGAAAAGUCAAACCAAUUACCCCUGUUCCUUCGGCCUGUUGCACAAUGA